UUUUGAUAACUUUUGGUUGGUCAGAUUCCUCGUCAAAAAUAAGAUAAAUAUAACCAUGAAAACAUAAUUUCCAUAGGUUUAUAGUCCAGAAAAGAAAAUAUAAGAUAAAAACUAGACAAGUUUCUCAUCACCUUUGUGAAACAAGUGUCAAUGAUAAACAAUUUUUAAGUAAAUAACUGCUAUGAAUAAUUACUCCUAUAAUGUUUUUUAUUGACAAAAAAUUAGCUCCUCUUUGAACAAAUUAUUUUAUCAAUUUUAUAACAAAUAGUGUAAAAGAUACGAUGACUGGAAACGAAAAGCAUAUAUGUCCUUUACUUAAGAACCCAGAAAAUUAUAAUCCUGACACUUUGGACUUGGUGGAUAAUUUACAUGCCAGAGGUUAUUGGUUAUCUUGUUUGGAGCAGAUGGUGAAAAAAUUUGUGAACAAAGCCCAAUAUUUAAAUCCGCAAGAUCCGAGAGCUACAGAAAAAGCGGAAAUAUGUUAUCAAGAAUUUCAUAACCUUGUUGAACAAGUUGCAGCAGAUCCUAGUUAUCUAAAGCCAUUAAGCGUCCGUACCCUACUUGAAUUUAACGAAGACAAUCUAAGAUCAAAUAAUUUCAAAGAUGCUUGGCAACAACAAAAAGAAUCUGAGACUUUAAACGCUUUAAGUCAAUUGAAAUCUAGAAUUGCCCACAUAGAUGCUAUAGAAGACUUUGAAGAAAGGUGGCAAGAAAUCGUACAAGGUGUUUUAGCUGGUAAUGUAUUCGAUUGGGGGGCACAAAUUGUUCGAGAUAUUUUAGAAAAUUCCAAAAGUUUUGGUUUUGAAGAAGCCGUGAAAACAAUACAAAAACGACCUUGGUUUGUUGAUAAAUUUGAGGAUUUUGUUAAAAAAUUAAAGAUAACUCCUUAUAGAACUUGUGUAAUUUUCGUAGAUAAUUCAGGAGUGGACUUUGUAUUAGGCAUUCUCCCAUUAACCAGGGCGCUUCUGUUACAAGGAUCAAAAGUGAUAUUGACCGCUAAUAGUUAUCCAGCAUUGAAUGAUGUCACUUUUCAAGAACUCAAUUUAUAUUGUCAGAAAGCCGCAGAAUAUUGCUCAAUAUUAAAAGAUAGCUUAAAAAAUAAACAAUUGAUUGCUGUUGAAAAUGGACAAAAAGGACCUUGUUUGAAUUUAGCAGAUUUAUCUGCUGAACUUUGCAAAUCAAUGGAAUCAGCAGAUCUAGUGAUAAUAGAGGGUAUGGGCCGAGCAGUUCACACCAAUUUAUAUACAAAAUUAACUGUAGAUUGUCUUAAAUUGGCAGUACUUAAAAAUGAAUGGCUAGCACAAAAUAUGGGAGCUGAACAAUUUUCAGUUAUUUGUGAUUUUGAUUCGGUUAGUUAAGUUGUAAUAUAUGGCGGUAUAAUAUGUACCUGAUGUAUAAAAAUAUACUUUUCAACAAG